AUAUUUACUAGAUUUGUUAGUGAAAUGUAAAGAAAGACUGUUAUUGGCUAGUUUAUUGUUAUUUUAUUUGAAACCACGACCAUGGAGAGGUCCAGGCAACUAGAAAAGCAGUUGAAAGAGGUUAAAGUUGAACGCGAUGUUCUACAGCGAGACUUUCAGCUUUAUAUGAAAGAAAACAAAAUUUUGAAGGAGCAGCUUGAAAGCUUGCGUUCGAGUCACACAGAAACUGACACACAGGCCGUUCAAAUGCUCAACAAGAUAAGAAACCAACAUCAACAGUUGGCGGUUAUGAGGGAAAAGGAAUACAAGGCUGAGGUUGGUGAAUUGAAAGCAAAGAUAGCAAACCUGAAGCAAGCAAAGGAGGAAGCAGAGAACGAAGUUGGAGUGUUGAAGAAUAACAACGCUCAACUUAAGUCAGAGAAUAAAAACCUUGUCAGUGAUAAGAAAGAUUCAAAACUGACCGAAACAAAAUCAAACAUGAAAGUAACUUCAUUAGAAAAUAAGUUAUCGAAGUUACAAAAAGAAAAUAUAGAAAAAGAUAAUUUGUUAAAAAGCGCUACAAGUAAAGUUGGAGAGUUUGAAAUUAAAUUGAAAACAUUAAAUCAAAAUGAACGAAAGUUGAAACAAUAUGAAGAUAAAGUAAAAAGGUUGGAGGCUGAGAAUAAAGAAAAGGAAAACCUAUUGAAGAAAGAAGAGGCCAGUAGCAAAGAAAACAAGUCAUCUGCUGCCAAAUAUAAUAUAAGGGUGAAGGUGUUAGAAGAACAACUGAAUGAUGUGAAUCAGAAAUAUAAGGACAGUGAAGAAAUUAUAGAAAAGUUAACCAGGGAAACAACCAACCAUGAAAUGGAGUUACAAUCGAUAUCCAGUCAACAAAUAACUAAAUUACGAACCAUGGAAGGAAAGGUAAAACAACUGGAAACUGAGAAUAAAAGCAAACAAAGAGAAUUAUUACAGAUGUCAAAUGAAAACAAAGAGACUAAGUCUUCCUCUUCCAAGUCCAAUCUCCGGAUCAAAACAUUAGAGGAACAAGUUGUUCGACUGAAAAGAGAAGUCAAAGAUAAAGAUGAUUUCAUCCAGCAGAAAUCUCAAGAGAUAGAAUUAAACGAGAGUGCGUUAACAUCACUGACGAGCCAACAGAAAGUUAAAGUAAAACAUCUUGAAGAAAAAGUGAUGAAACUUCAAAAUGAGAAACAUGAAAAAGAACGUGAAUUAGAAGAGAUCAUACAACAAUACAGUGAAGCAGAAACAGUUGCAUCUAAAUCCAACAUAAGAAUUCAAACCUUGGAACAACAGGUGGUAAAGUUGAAACGGGAAGUUAAAGUAAAAGAUGAAACUAUUGCAAAGUCGACAGCAGAAGCAAGCUCACACAUACAUGAAGUGAAAUCAGUUUCAACACAACAGAAAACAAAGCUUAAAACAUUGGAGGAAAAAGUAAAACGACUGGAACAUGAAAUGAAUGAAAAAGAAGAUGAAUUAUGCCAGGUGUCGACAAAGCUGGCACAUGUAGAGCUAGAGAGCAACAGCUCUGCGUCAAAGUUCCGUGUGCGUAUUCGAACUAUGGAAGAAAAAGUUGAAAGACUCAAAACUGAGAAUAAAUCUAAGGAGGAAGAAUUAAUGAAGGUUGACAGUGAACUAUCCGAAUCUUUGAGCCAACUUCAAUCAUUGAAAGAUAAAGCACGGAGAAUGGAGAUGGAGAAUAAGUUAAAGGAGAAUCAACUAAAAGAGGUGCGUUCACUUGAACACGAACUCUCGGCCAAAACAGUUGAAAGUUCGUCUCACAUUCAAUCAAUACAACGAGAUAAGAUGAAACUUGAAGCUUCUAAUAAUAGGAUGCAAACUGAGUUGUCAGACGCUAUGAGGAAAUUAUCGAGUUUGGAAUGCGAUCUGGCUGAGGUGAAGUAUUCACUUGUACAGAAGGAAAGGGAGUUGAAUAAGUUGAAAGGAACAGAAUCUGCAUUGAAGGCAAGCAAGGAUUCAGAAACCGCUUCAAUGCAACAAGAACUGAUCAACUUACAAUCUACUGUUGUUAAACUUAAGUCGGAAAACCAGGUUGCUAACCGAACAAAGAGAGAACAAACAUCAACCAUUGAACAACUAAGGGAGAAUAUAAAAGAAGAACAAAGAAGGUGUCGUUCACUUGAAGAAUCAGCUUCAUUGAAAUCACAGAACCUUAACCAUGUAACUCAUCAACAGAAACUCAAGUUAGAAGAAAAAGAGAAAACAAUUUCCAACCUCAACAAUAAGUUAAGUAACUGUCAAGAGCAGCUAUCUAGUAGCAGGGAAAUUUUUUCAAACUUGGAAAAUAAAUAUGACGUCCUUCAAUCUCAGUACAAUGAGUUAAAGUCAAGUCUGGUGGAAUAUAAAGGGAAAUAUGAAAUGUCGCAGUCUUCAUAUAUCGACCUAAAGCGUCAGAAAGACUCACUUUCCAAGGAAUGCCGGCAACUUAAUGACAAACUACAAAGCCUUGACGUCAAUCAUAACAUGAAGUCAUCAAAAGUUGAUGAAUUGGAAAAGACAAUAUCAGUGUUGAAAGAAUCUUGUGUAAUGUUGGAGAAACAAGCUGAAGAUUUGGAAAUAUUUAAUAAUCAACUCAUUGAAAAACAAAACAAACUUACAAUAGAAAGGGAUUCUGCAUUGGCCAAAUGUUCUGAGCUUGAGUUACAACACUGUGGUAUAGAGCACAAGCUUACAAGCAGACUCACUGAGAUUGACCAAACCAGCACGGACCAAAUAACUGACUUACAAAUACAACUACGUAAUGAAAUGAACAAAGCACAUGAAGUCACAGAAGAGUACAGAGACUUAGAGAGAAGAUACAAGAUGUUGGAGUUAAACGCAGCGGGUGUGCAACGUAAACUUAACGUGGAGAAAGAAAUCCAACUCCGAUUGAAAGAUGAGUCAUCAAGAAAUAAAGCUGCGUCAUCAUAUACUCAGCAAACGGUGACUCGGCUUAAACAGGAGCUUAAUAUUGAGUUAGAUAGAUGUGAUGAAUUGGAAAAAGAGAAAACUUCGCUGCAGAAUGAACUGGACACUAUAAAGCUGGAACAUUCCCAUGAACUAGUGAAGCUGAACUGCACCGGAGCUCAACAAAUAAAGUUGAUUGACUUCCUGCAAUCAAAGAUAGAAGAACUUGAACCUGCUGAAAAGAAGAAGAAAAAGUUAAAGAAGACAACUUUGUACCAAGCUCCUCUUCAAUAUCGGGAGUUACGGGAUUUACUUGAGGAAGAAAAAGCUGCGAAUGUUCGUUUACAAACACAAGUUAACAAUAUGAGAUCUGAACUACAAGCUACCAAUUCUAAAGUUAAGAGGAUGAAGCACGGAAUGAACACAACUGCUCCCUUAAGUCCGGGCUCUAUUGCUGCAAUAUCAGCCAUUGUUAAGUCACCUGCUGCCACACCCACCACAUCUGACCAAUCACAAGCCAGCAAAGGGUCAAAGUUGAGAUCAAAACCAAGAAUGCAUCAUAAUAUACCACACAGACUUACAAGUUGGAUAUGUAACCGUGCAACCCGCUGUUCCGUUUGCCUUGCCGUACUCCACUUUGGUCAUGGUUCCUUGAAAUGCAAUGAGUGUGGGAUGGUGUGUCAUGCUCACUGCCGAGCUAAUGUUACCAACACAUGUGGACUACCAGGUGGAUUGUUCCAACAAUUCAAAGAUGGGACAAAGACAUCAAAUCUUUCCCCCAUUACUUGUGUGUUUAAAGGGAGCAAUGCUGAUCAACUGCAUGGAAAACUGAAAGUAUUAUGUGGCAAUGAAACAUGGACGCCUCGAUUUGUUCGUCUGUGUGGUGGCCAGGUACGUAUAGCGCCACCUAAUGCUAAAUCACCAUCGAAACAUACGGACAAUGAUGAUGUCAUAGACUUGAAACAAGCAGCAUACGUACAUACUGAUGUUAGCAACUUGGAACUUCCCAACACUGCAAAGCAAGAUAUUCCUUACGUGUUUAAAAUCCAAACUGGAUCGAGCAACUCAUGUUGGCCGGCUCGUUCAGUUUAUUUCAUGUCUGCGGGAUAUUCCGAGAAACACCAAUGGGUUGGAAAGUUAGAAGCUGUAACUGCUGAACAUAAUGGAACGAAGAACAUCACCUCAAACACUAAAAUCUUUGGCAAUGAGAUUCUCACUUUGUUAAGUGAUGAAAAACUUGAGAUUAAUUGUUCGCUGCCAAUAUCGGAUAAGCACAUCCUCCUUGGUUGCGAUGAAGGAUUAUUCCUCCUCGCUCCAAACAAAUCCAGCGUGUCUUCACGAUCAAACUUGAAGCAAGUAAAUGAGGUUAGCAAGAUAUUCCAGAUGACCAAACUUGACAAGAACAAAGUAGUUGCAAUCGAAGGGGUGACACAAAGACUUGUUGUAUUGGAUAUAACACAGAUACAAACCCAGAAAACGUCCCUACAAGUCAUUGAAGAAAUCCAAGGUUGUCAUUUAUUUGCCAUCGGUUACGCUGAGGGUGUUCAUUACAUCUGUGUGGCUUCAGCUACCAAUAUUACACUACUAAGAUUUAAUGAUAAACUCAAGAAAUUCUGUGUGAAAAAGGAGAUAGCGACAUCUGAGCCCUGCACAUGCAUGGUGUUCACUGCAUGUAGUGUUAUUAUUGGAACCAAUAAGUUUUAUGAAGUUGAUUUAUCGGAUUUCAGGAUUGAUGAGUUCCUAGAUGAUCCUGAAGUUCUUCCUCCCGAAGAUGCCGCAAUCUUCCCUGUGUCUGUUCUAAGGAUCAGUGAGGAUAACAACCCGGAGGAGUUCUUGCUCUGUUACCAUGAGUUUGGAUUAUUUGUUGAUGGGUUUGGAAGAUUAACUAGGAGUGGACAACUUAACUGGUCAAGAAUGCCGCUUGCUUUUGAAUAUCGAUCUCCAUACCUUGCCAUUAUACAGUUCAACUCAGUCGAGAUAAUCCAGAUCGAUAACUUUGCUACAACAGCAGGAAGCUCUGCACUUGAUCACGCUUUCCUGGCUUUUCCAAGUGCUAGAUACUUGGGACAAGCAAUAACUGAAGGAGCUUUAUAUUUAAGUUCAUGUGAAGGUAGCAGGACAUCAGUGUUUUGUUGCAAAGGAAAUAUGAAUAAAGAAUCAAAGGAUGGGAAGAAACCAACAGGAGCUUUAGCAAACAAGCGAAGAUACGCCGCUCUUUCCUCUUCCAUGGAUUCCCUCGCAUCUCCCACUGUGAAGAGAUCAGUGAUGACUGAAGUAUCCAACCUCCGGAACACAAGGGAGCUCUCAUCAUCCUCACAGUCAAUCCUAGAGACGAGUAGAUGGACCACUAGUGGUAGUUAUGAUGACGAUGAACAAUCUGUUAAAGGAUUUGGAAUUGGAAGAAACAAAACUUGCACAAGCGAGGAAAGUAUAUUGUCUGAUUCUACAACUACCACAGUAGAAUCUCGUUUAUUCUGGAAUAAACCAAAACCUAUGAGUGAAUCCACCCCUCCACCUAAGCCAACACGUAAACGUCGUAACCAAGCUCAAAUACCUUCCACAGAAGUUUAAAUAUUGGCGUAUAUCAACGCACUUAUUGUUUUAAUUCCAAAGAGAGUGUAGAUUCUGUCCCUGAUUUGUGUCAAGGCUAUCUGGAUGAUAUGUAUAUGUACCAUGAGCUUUUUCUGUGCUGACCAAAUGUUUUGCAAUCAGCACUUUAAAUUGCAGGCCAUAUUUUCAAACUAUAAUCUUUGCAACACCAUCCAAAAACCUUAAUUUAUACGUACUGUUCUUGCAUAAUUUGUAACAGAAUACUUCUAUGCUGCCAACAAAAACGUUUUGCAAAUUGCAAUCAUCAUUUUAAGAGUUAGAGCCAAUAUUCCAGCAUAAUUUUUGCAGGAACAUCUAGAAACCUUACGUACAUAGAUAUCUUAACUGUGUUUAUUUCAUGAAAUGUUUUAUUCUGACUUUGCUUGCGAUUGUAGCUUCCAUAGUAUUCACUGCUUGUUAAAUAUAUUGUUGCUGUCAAAUACAUCUUGCGAGCGAAACUUA